UCCACCAGCAGCGGUGUGAGGAGGACAUGGGCAUUGCUUCUUUUCCCCUUCCACGUAUCUCCUUCCACUGGAUCGUCCUUCUGGCUGUGGUGAAUGCACGCGCGUGCAACGAAACGACCCAUUACUUGUUUGACAACAUCUGUUGUGAAAAGUGUCCUCCAGGCACGUUUUUGUCUUUGCCGUGUGGUGCCAGCUCCAAGACACAAUGUGCGCCCUGCAGGUCUGGAACAUUCCAGAACGAGCUGAACAAGCGCCAGAACUGCGAACCGUGCACCCGCUGCAACACGGCUCUGUCUCAUCAGGAGUUGGACAAAUGCACAGCUGUGCGCGACCGGGUUUGUGGUUGCGCUCCCGCAGUUCACGUGCGCCACUGCCUCACAGAUGACUGCUCCAAAUUCCUUUGCUGCAAAGGCUGCCCUCAAGGUCACAAGAUUGAACGAGCGUGCAACUUGAUGAAUGCAACCAAAUGUACUCCUCUCCCAACCGACGUGGACACUGAUGGCCACAGAAGCAGCACAUACUCUAGCAGACUUGAAGUUACUCUUGGCAACAACACACCGAACGAAUGGCUCGGCUGUCCAUCGGCGUGGCUGUUUGCCGCACUGGCGAUUCUCACCCUCCUCCUGUUGCGGCUGUCGUGUUGCCUUGCCUGCACAUUGAGGGGUGGCAAGAGGCACGCGAGGACUGCAAAAGGUUCAUGUUCAUCCACGACGGCAUUUUCCCUCCAUGCGGAUCCCUCGUGCAGUCUUUAGGUUGGCGACCACGAGUUUUUGUUUGUGACUGUCACCAGUAGCCCUCGGCUGUGGCUUUCCACAAGCCUCAACCCACGCAUUCAGACGCGGGUAAUACGUUUGGGCGUGGGUGUGCUCUGCCAGCCAUAGGAGAACCUGUGACAAAAUAAGUAAUAUAAAAAAAAACGUUUUUAACAACACGCUUACAUGAAAUGUACCCUACUCGUAAUGGCAGAACUCUACGACUCCAGGAAGUGGUCGCAAAGCUUAUCGUGGUGAUUUUAAACUAACGUUAGUUGAGCGUGGACAAUUAGACGCAAGCCGAAACAUAACAUAUAAAAAAGAUUGUUGAAAAAUAUUUGUUUUAUAUAGAAUAUAUUAUUGUCAUCAGUAUGACAUAAGUAUACCAAGUUUGCAGUCAAUACCACAUUGGGAAGUGGGUAAAAUUUUAGUUACAAGAUUUGAGGAUACAACGACAACGACAGACAGAGUGAGUUAAUAAAGAGCGUGUAAAAAAACUAUUUGGGCGUGUUGCAUAAUUAUAAACAUACACGGGACAAGCUUAACAACCAAAUUUUGAUCACUUUAGUUCAAUAGACUAUACAAUUAUUUUUCGUAGUGUUAUUAGAAUGAUGAGCUUUUGUGUGCAUUAGAGCGCCGUUGUGGCGAGAUGUUAACUUCCUCGCCUGGUAUGCAGGAGGUCGUGGGAUCGAUCCCGACUCUGACGCCUGCUGCUGUAUAUUUAGAGUUUGCAUGUCUCCCCGUGGAUUUUUCUCUGGGCCCUCUGAGGUGUCCUUCCACAUUUAGAAACAACGUGUGUUUAGAGCAGUGGUUCUUAACCUGGGAUACACGCACCCCCUGGGAGUGUGUGAUGCCCUUUCUGAUAGUGCAGUUAAGAACCACUGGUUUAGAGUAUUCGGCUCCUAUAAACGUCCACAUGAUAAUCCAUUUCGUUGAGCUAUCAUUUGUGAUAGCCAAGGUACUUCUGAAAAAUAACUAUACAGCUUUAGUGGGCCUUGCCUGGUAAAAAUAAAAGUUUAAUUUGGUUUUCGUCUAAUGAAUGCAGAACCCCUUGAGUGACUUGGGGCCCUAAGCUUCAUGUGAGUUUGCUCGUGUCUCAUGCCACCAAUGCACACAAUACGUGUGGAUACGCUGGGACUUUUAAAAAAAUCUGUUUUUACUGUCACAAUCUAUGUAUGAGUGGCCAUAAACACCCCUGAGUUUGCCGCUAACUUUAUGAUAUUUUAUUGAGCUGAAGACCCUUGUGGAAUUCGAGCUAUGACAGGCCUUAGCUCGUGGAAGUUAUAUGCAGGACUCAGGAUUCUGCUGCCCUUUUAAAAUACAGGAGCUGGUGGGACAGUAUUUGCUUUUUUAUUUUAUUUUGUCAUUGUGGUGUGCACGCAAGCCAGGUACAACGCGCCAGUCACCGGAUGGUUUGUGGGGAGGGGGAACAGAAAUGGUGGUGGAGGAGAUUCGGCACGAAAAAUGUGUUGGGUUAGAGCGUGUAAACAUGUGUCGUUAAACCCGCCAUUUAUAUUGACGCAAUCUAACCCAACAACUUGUUUUAUGGAUUCUAAGGGUAGACUGGGUGUGAGUGGGGGGAGGGAAAGAACACGCUAUAAAUUUAGAUUUAAAGCUUUCGUGACUGCAGGGAUUCAUCUUCUUGGUUUUUUCGGUAAAGUCACGUAGAAUGGAAAUAAAAAAAUAAUAAAAAUAAAACAUAAUAAAAUAAUUCUCACGACGUUUCGGCCACAACGCAAGCAGCCGUCCUCAGGUGGAGAACAGGUCUGCUGAGGAGAGAGAGUCAACACACUAUAAAUCACGAUGAGAAGGAAUCUGCCACUAUUUGGACGCAUAUGUAGGAUGGACAACAACAGGAAAAUGAAAUGUGUCUUGUUAGGAAAAAUAGAAGUAACCGGAAAGAAAGGAAGACCUGACAGAGAAUGGCUUGGCGACAACAAUAACAGAUUGGUGCCAGAAAGAUGUGCACCUACUUGGGCAUAUUGGCACAAGACAGAGGAAGAGUGGAAACAAAUGACGAAAUGUGCAGUGAACACCUCCCAAGAUAACCACUUUUUUCACCUGAUGACGG